CCUCGGCUUAGUAUCAAGCUGCAGAGAAGCAACUUCAUACGCACAAAAACAGGCAAUUCCACGAUAAUAACUGAUUAUUCAUGCGUUCAAGCGAAGAAGGGCACAGCGAACACAAGCAAAGAGGCGAAAACGGAGAGAGACAGUCAAUGGCAGAAUGGCAAAACCGGCGGCGGGUGGAGACACAAACCCCAGCUCAACGGGUACCUGCGUUUGUCAUACUCAACUUUCUUCUUGUCUUCCCCCUUUUUUCGUCCUUUUCAGGGCAGGGGGGUAUGUCGAUUCACAUCAUUGGACUCACUCGUUCUCUCACUCUUUGCACCGCAGUCAGUGCUGUGGCUACGGCUCGAUUCUCGUUGGUAAACAAACGAGGUAGUGACUGAGUGACUGACCGGUAAAGGGGGGCCCGACAUCGAUGUCUACCGGUCAGUUGGUCAAAUGGUGUCACGGCCAUGUUGAAACGGGAGGU